GUACAAGAGUUGUUUAUUCGUGAUUAUGGAGAGAUUUUUAAUGUCCAGUUACCUGGUAAAGAAGAACGGACAAAAUUUUUUGAGGAUUUAAUUCUAAAACAAGCUGCUAAGCCUCCUAUAUCAAAAAAAAAAGCAGUUUUACAGGCCAUAGAGGUACUCCCAGUAGCACCACCACCUGAGCCAAGACCGUUGACAGAAGAAGAAGUGAAACGACUAGAAGAACAAGAAGAAAAUACAUUUAGAGAACUGAGGAUUUUCUUAAGAAAUGUUACACAUAGGCUUGCUAUCGACAAGCGAUUCCGAGUGUUUACUAAGCCUGUUGACCCUGAUGAGGUUCCUGAUUAUGUCACUGUAAUAAAGCAACCAAUGGACCUUUCAUCUGUAAUCAGUAAAAUUGAUCUACACAAGUAUCUGACUGUGAAAGACUAUUUGAGAGAUAUUGAUCUAAUCUGUAGUAAUGCUUUAGAGUACAAUCCAGAUAGAGAUCCUGGAG